AAAGAUGCUCAGUAGAUAAGUGAGCUUUGUGCCGUCCAGAGACGGUCCCGCUGGAAGUAUGGAGAAUUUCGGCUACAAAGAAGGGUCGGCUAAACCCAAUCGUGCUUGGGGUACAAAAUCAACAAAAAUCAAAAAUCAACAAGUUCCCAUCCCUAUGAAGCCAAGGUUUUCUCUAACGCCCGAUGUUACGGUUCACUGGCGUAACGAUCCCGAAGCUGUGCUCGCCGAAGAUUUUGAAUAUAUGAAGAUUGGACCGUCGCCGCCGGCGGAAAGUGCACCGAAUAUGUUUGAUAACUAUGAGGAAUCGAACGCGGAAUUUGGGUUUGAAGUUUCGAGCGAAACUAUACGAACGUCGCUCAUGGAACAGAUGAGACUUUCCUCUGGCCGAUUGAAACUGUUGGACAACAUCGAGCAAGGAAACAUAAUUGCCGCAAAUUCAAAGGAAAUGUUCGAAGGUGCAACUAAAGCUGAGAAAAAUAUUAGCUUCUUAUUUGCUGCCUUUUUGAAGCGCUGGGAUUUGCUAGAUGGACUGUUGGAAUGUGGAGCAGAGCUAAUUUAUUUUGAUAGCAACGGAUUCACUGCGUUGCAUUUAAGUUCAUUCAGCGGAUGUCUCAAUUGUACUAGUUUCUUAGUUUUCAAGGGAAUUGAAGUGAACAUGCAGCCGAGAGCUUUCACUCCACUGCAUUGUGCAGCUUUCGGGAAUUCGGCGGAGACUGCUCGUUUCUUGAUCACAAAGGGCGCCAAAUUGAAUGCCUACACCAAGAAGCAGAAUUGUGAGGAAUCUUUACUGCACUGUGCCGUUCGUUCGAAUUCAAUCGAAUGUGUGAAACUUUUCAUCUCGGAAGGAAUGGAUGUGAAUUCUCUGAAACCAAGCGGAAUGAAUGCUAUUCACUUAUCAGCGGAUUUGGGUUACGUUGACUGUUUGAAAGUUUUACUGGACACUCCGACAGCGGAUCCGAACAUACGGAUUGGCAUACGGGAGAAGGAAUCGACCGCACUGCAUCUUGCGGCAGACGAAGGAAACGUCGAAUGUGUUAGUUUGCUGCUGGCUAGAGGGGCAAACGCAAAACUGAAGAAUCAUCGUGGAUUUACGCCGUUACAUUUGGCAGCUCGAACAUCCAGUUUGGAGUGUGUUGAGCUACUAUUGAGGCUGGGAAGUGCCGAUCCCAAUGCCGAAGAUUUCGAUCAGCGGACACCUCUCCAUACGGCCAUUGGGAAGUCGGAAGCAGCUUUCGAUAUUAUAGAAACGCUAAUUUGCUGGGGAUCGGACGUGAAUCGGAAAGACGUGUUUGGCUUCACACCACUUCAUCUGGCAGCUUUGGACGGGCUUGCACAUUGCGUAGAGAUACUGAUUUACCACGAUGCGGAUGUCACGACGAAAUCUAAGAAGGGAACAACUGCUUUGAAUGUUAUAACAAGGAAAACCCCGUCGUCCUUGGCCAUGAUUGGGAACAAAUUUGACGAUGCAAUGACACUGAUUCAUUCCCAAGAUCCUUCAGAUAAGGAGGUUGUACUGGAAUUAGACUUCAGAAGCAUUUUACAGCAUUGUUAUCCCAGAGAAAUAAGUUAUCUGAACACGCUGGUCGAUGAAGGACAAAAGGAAAUUCUACAGCAUCCUCUGUGUUCCGCAUUUCUAUACAUCAAAUGGGGUAAAAUUCGCAAAUAUUACAUUGCAAGGCUGCUCUUUUGCUUCAUAUUUAUAUUGUUCCUCACGCUGUAUGUUCUAACAGCAUUGGCCCACAAUUGCUAUAAUGGCAGCAAGGAUAUGGAAGAAACUAUUCAGGAACAGGAGCUUUGCCAAAAACAAUCAAUUUUGGGAAAUAUGUUGCGAAACAAUCCUUUUGUGAUGGAAAUGCAGUGGAUGGUUCUAGUGGCCAUCACAUUCGUAGAAAUAUGCCGCAAGUUGUACGGAAUGACAGGGUAUUCAUCCGUUCGUCGAUAUAUCACCCAAAUGGAAAAUGUAACGGAAUGGUUCAUCAUUGUCAGUGUUUUUGUGAUCUCCUAUAUUUACACCAAACGAACGUACACAUGGCAAAAUCACAUUGGAGCAUUCGCCGUAUUAUUGGGCUGGACGCAUUUGAUGGUUAUGAUCGGACAGCUGCCGGUGUUUGGAGCCUAUGUUGCAAUGUACACAAAAGUUCAGGUAGAAUUUGCCAAACUCUUCAUAGCAUAUUCCUGCAUGCUCGUCGGUUUCACAAUUAGUUUCUGUGUAAUCUUCCCAUCAUCUUCGUCGUUUGAAAACCCGUUCAUGGGUUUCAUCACCGUCCUAGUAAUGAUGGUCGGAGAGUUAGAUUUGGAAUUGUUGAUCAACGAUCCUGAUGGAAAAGAUCCCCCGUUCAUGCUGGAGCUGAGUGCUCAGGUCACUUUCGUUCUAUUCCUCCUGUUCGUAACGGUCAUCCUGAUGAACCUUUUGGUUGGCAUUGCGGUCGAUGAUAUUCAGGCGCUCAAGAAGACGGCAACCCUUUCCAAGUUGGUAGGACAAACCAAACUGAUUUCAUACAUAGAAUCAGCUUUGUUCAAUGGUUGGCUACCCAAUUGGCUACGCAGUUUACUGCACUACACCGCGUUAGUGUCCCCGCAGGCUUACCGUGUGAUUCUUAGUGUUAAACCGUUGAAUCCCGAAGAAAAGCGUCUCCCAAGAACGAUCAUGAUGGCAGCAUACGAAGCGGCUAAGUUGAGGAAACAAGCGAACACAGCUACGAGUAACCCGGCAGGUUAUAAAUAUCAAUUUCACAAUGAAGCUGCGGAGUCUACAAAUCAAACUAACUGCAAACAACCACUGGAUCGCAUCGUGGAGUCGGAUUGUGGAUUCGAGACGGCGAGCCUUUGUACUCUUACGAACAAAAUCGACGAAAGCUCCGAGAAGUUGGAUGAACUUUGCAAAGAACUGUGUGAGCUGAAAGCAGUACUCAAGUAUAAUCAGAUCUUGGUAGAUAAGAUAUCAAAAAUUUUAUUGAAGUGAAAAAUACAUGCUAAAGCCGAAUAUUACAUUUAAGGAUUGCUAUGAGGAGGUAAUAACAAUAUAUAUACUGACAAAAAAUGGUUUUGAUUGAGGUUUAUUAAAGGGUUGUCCCACAGAUAACAGACGUUUAGGCUCAAUUCGAAAUGUGCGUAAAACUCGCCACUGAAAUUCCCAAUAAAGCGAACCUCUGAUACACGUUUGGAACAACGUUUAUGGGUGGCGCUGUAGUCAAUGCAAUGCAGUUGGAUUGGAACUGUCAAACACGUGUAGCAAAUACCCAGUUAAACUUAUUCCGGAACCGGUUCGGAUUUCUGAAUGGAGUCAUUAUGGAUUCC